AUGCCGCACGAGCUGCUCCUGUUUGCACAGCUGCCCAAUUCGCGCCUCGAGCAGCUGCUGAACAUCGUCGCCGGAAUCGCCGGCGCCCAGCCGCAGCGUGUCAUCGAGCGCCAUGUGGUAUACCGACCCCAGCGCGACCCGCUGCAACGCCAGUACGCCGUUGGCGCCAGCCAGAAUGUGCAGACGACCCAGCGCGCGACCUCGCGCGAGCAGCUGUCCAAGGACAUGUUCUACUGGCAGACGGUGAAGGAGCUCGACGACGCCGACUUUGGCCCUGCGGCGUCGAAAGAGCAUGCCCCAAAAGAGAAGGCGAAUCCCGACGCUGAACGCAAGGGUUGGGCUAUCCAGUUUCAGGACAUCCCAGAGGCAGGCCAGAGACCUGUCACCACGCGCUGGGUUCAGACAACCGACGUGGUCGCGGGCGAUCCCCACGCCCACAUGAAAGCGACCAUGUACAACUACGUCUCCGAGUACGUUGACGAGGGUUUCCAAUUCGUGCACAAGAACGCGACCAUUCUCCUGCAUCGCAUUCUCCGCUUCCCUAACCCCGAGCAAUCGCGCGAUUCCCCUCUCGAAAGCCUUCCUCCAUUCAAGGACCUUGAACCGCUUGACAAGAGCGGCGCGUAUGUUGUGCAGGUGUCGAUAAAGAUCCAGGACAACUAUAAGCCAGAGACCCGAGAAAAAGCCCAGGCGGAGCUCCUUGCAUUGAAAGGAACGCUGAAAGGCGUCAUCGAUUUGGAGCCCGCGGAGAGGCUCGCUCUGGACACCCGAGUCAAGGCCAGACCGGGCUGA